AUGCCCAAUGAGAUAAAACUAAGAAUGUCUGCUGCCAACAAGGGUUAUUAUGCUUUGGAAAAACUUCUUAAGUCAAAACUAUUAUCUAUACCAGUGAUGGCCAAACUAUGGCCCGCGGACCAACUCCGGCCCGCCAUCAUUUAUUAUCUGGACCGCGAAAAUAUUCUGCAUUACAGCACUUAUUUGCGUAUCUAUAAUAUUUUACAUUUACGUUAAAAAAAAAAAUUGAAAAACUAAAAAUACAGUAUACAUUCUCAAGUUCUGAAAAUCUUGUUCAGUUUUAUUUAAAUCUGUCUAAAGAAUAUUUUCCAAAUAUUUAGAAGUUUACAGCAAAGAUGUGUUGUAAUAUUUGGUUCAACAUACAUUUGUGAACAAGUAUUUUCAACAAUGAAAAUCAUUGAAAAAAAAAACUCGAUCUCGAAUUACAAAUGAACAUCUUCAUGCCAAUUCUAUGAAAUUAGAACCUAAUAUUAAUAUCCUAUGUCAACAGAAACAAGCUCAUAAUUCGCAUUAACAAAUAAAUACAUUUAAAAAUAUUUGUAUAAGUGUAAACCGAUAUUUUGUAUACUUUUAUAUAUAUAUAUUUAUUUGUAGUUAUAAUUAGGUAAAUUAGUAAAAUAUUAAAUAAAGCCAUUAAAAUGAGCAAGUACAAUCAAAACGUCGUUAAAUAUGUAAUUGUAAUUACAUACCUAUACCUAAAAUUCCAAUCAUUAAAAUUUAAGGGAAAAUUUUAAACUUCAAGCCCUCCAAAAGAUGGAGAAAAAAAGAAGUAUACUCUUUAUAUUGUAUUUGAAUUUAAUGGUCAUAUGAAAAUAAAAUAAAGAAUAAUACAUCCUCGGUAUUAAUUUAUUAUCUAGUUGGUGCAUUGGGAGAUCAAUUUUUGGUUUACCUUUAAUUAAUUUUUUUUUUUUGAAAAAUGUUGUUUUAUGCACAUAAAUAGAAGUAAAAACCUAAAAUUUAGCAUAAAUAUUCUACAGUGAUUUAUUGUUUAAUAAUAAUAAUAAUAAGUAUUAAUACUAUAAGACACAUGUAUGCACUGAAUGUAAUAUUAUACCUUAUUUAUUACGGUGAAGGGGAAUGGGAGGGACAAAUAUAGGAAUGGGAGGGACUCCCUCCAAUAUAUUGUAAUAAAGUAUGAUUUUUUUGCAUUUUAGCUAAUUAUUUAACUCCCCCUUCCAGUUCUCUCCAAAUUUUUGACCACUACAUUAUAAUCCUACUUAACUAUUAUUGUUUUUAUAUUAUAUUUUAAUUUUUUUUUUUUUUUACAGUUAUCAAUUUUUCUUACUGCCAUGUUGCUAUUUCAAAUACCAAUAUUGACAGUGUAUGGCCAGACUACUACUGAAUUAUGGUACGGAAUAUUUCCACCACCACCAUCAUCAUCGCCUGAAACUAAUACAACAAAUUAUAAUGUUCCGGAGGGGAUAUUCCAAUCAACAUCAUCUGAACCGCAAACAACCUCGUCACUAACAGAUGUAACAAUUAAAAAUCAUAUAGGAUCGGUCUCUCAGUCAACAGAUGAACCGUUUUCACAAUUGAAUACUGCAUGCGAAUGCCUAAAAGUUUGGCAGUGCGCCAACAAUACUAUUAUUACAGAUGGUACAGGUUUAAUAGACAUUAGGUUUGUUUUAUACAAAUAUAUUACUAUAUAAUAUAAACAAUUUUACGAGCUAAAAUAAAAAUAUUUUUAGAGCAAGAGGGUACACUCAAUGCUCGAAUUGGAAAAAAUAAUGUAAAGAGACUAUAAGACUUCAAAAAUUAGCGUCCAUUGCAAUUAAUGAACUCGACAUAAUCAGUAGGGGGUUCACAUCCCACAUAUAUCAUAUACCAAUUUUCAAACAUAAUUAAAUUAAUAAUUAAUAAUUUACGAUAAAAAUAACACAUAUAAGCAGCAGAAUUCCGUCAGCUUUUCCUUAACUGAUGUGAUAUGUAACCGUAACAAUGUUUCAUGAUUAUUUUUUAUAUAAAUAUAAGAUACUAAACAUAAAAGUUUUAACAAAAUAAGUAAAGUAUUAUUUCUGUAUUUCUCGAGUUUUUUCUAACAUACAAAUGACAGUGGUGUCGAAGAUCGGAAGUUCAAAACUUCUAAAGAGAUAUCCACAAUAGUCAACAAUAAUUUUAUUUAUAUAAUUUAUACCUAUACACAUUUUAAUCAAGUUUAUUUACUUUCAUAAUUUUGAAAGGGUAUUUAUAACUCGCUAUUUUUUGAGAAAACAUGAAAUCUAAACAUAAAAAAGAAGGUAAGAUAAUGGAUAUGGGUGCAGCCACUUAUGUAGGUUAGAAGUUAGGAAGGUAGGAUAUAGACGGGAACAGUGAUCCUAGUGGGUGGGGGGGGGAGUAUGGAGAGAUGGCAUCCCUCUACUUUUUGUAUUUACAUUUUUCAUCCCUCUACUUAUUUUAUCUAGAAUAACACAUCCCUCCUAAGACUUGUGUUUUAAAAUGAAAUACAUAUUAUCAUUUUUAUAUUUAAGAAUAUUUGUAUACUUUUAUAUUCUAAGAAAAAUAUUUUUUUAUUUUUGUGGUGAAUAUAAUUGUUUUAUAACAUUCAGGUCCGGUUUAUCGUACUAUUUAGUAGUUUAGUAUAGACCGUUUCGCAACCAUAUUAUUUAUACACGUGUUUAGAGCUUAUAAUAUAAUAUUAUUAAUAUCACAGAACUAUAACCAUAUUGAUGAUAAUAAGUAGGGACGUAGCAAUAUGCUAAAAUAUCUAAACGUGAUUUCUGACAAUAUUUUGUUGAUAACUACUAUGUAGAAGUGUAUAUGCGAGUCAUCAAUUUCUAAAUUUAGCUCAUUAAUAGAAUACUGGUUAUAACCACAAUGCAACAUGUAUACUUUUGAUAAUGAUUAUGGUUUAGUAGUAGCGUGUCAGUAGUAAUUAAUUGUAUUAGACAUUAGUACAAUAGUGUUAGUAUUAGUACUGUUCAACACCAGUAUAUAUUCUCUAUGUAUAGACUGUGUAUAAACAAGUGUAUAUUAAGCAUGCCUUUAUUAAAUUGAUUAACCAAAAUAAAGGUUAACCCAAUCGACGAGUCAUUUAUUUCUAUUCAAAUAAUAAUAAAAUCAUCAUCUAAUAAAGCUGAAAUAGUGAGUACAGAAAUAAAUAGUAAUAAUAAUAAUAGUUCAAACAACUCUAAUGAAAGAAUGCUAAGAAUAUUAACAAUUAUCUAAGUGUCUGGGCAAAUUAAAUUUUUUAGCAUUUUAUGAUAAAGAUCCUGAAUAGUGGCAAAAAACCGAAAAUUGGGCAGUAGUAUAUGCUUGCAGAUUAAAAACCUUGCAUACACAAGAGAUUAGAAUUGCUGUUAAAUGUGCAGAAUGUAGUGUACAUACGAGGUUUAGCUAUUAAAUAACGAGACUGCGCACGCAGAGAGCGUCUCAAAAAGGUUAGGGGAAAACCGAAUACAGCACUGGUUAGCUGGAAGUGUCUAUUAUGCCAGUACAAAAUUGGGUUUUUGUUGGUGCAUUAGUAUUUUUUCUGUAGCGUUUAGAAACGAACAUGUUUUUUUCUCUUGCCGAAAACGAUGUGUGACGAAAAACAUGAGCAACGGAUAAACGUAAAAUUUUCUCGUUUAACUAAAAAAUACUCCAACUGAGUGCUAUAAGUUGUUAAAAGAGGCCUAUAGUGAAGAUUUCCUAUCUCGGGCGCGUGUUUUUGAGUGGCAUAAAUUAUUUUCUGAAGGUCGAGAGUGCACCGGAAUCCANCCAACAUUACUAUUUGACAGUUUUGGCAACAUUGCGCGAAUGAGUUCGUAAGAAACGGUCGAUAUUGUGGAAAAACAAGUCGUGGAUCUUGCACCAGGAUAACGCACCUGCCCAUAACGCGCUGUCUGUGAAGCGUUAUUUGGCCGCUUAAGGCACUCCAGUACUCGAACACGCGUCUUACUCACCCGACUUGGCACCCUGCGACUUUUACUUGUUUCCGAAGAUAAAGUCUGCCUUAAAAGGAAUCCGGUUUGAGUCGAUGGAAGAGGUGAAACAAAAAUCGAUGAAACUCCUGAAUGGUCUUACGAAAACAGACUUCCAGCACUGCCUCGAGCAAUGGAAGAAACGAAUGAAACUGUGUGUGAAGAGGGGAGGAGAGUAUAUUGAAGGGGAACAUUUGGUUGUGGAAUAAUUUUUAAAAUAAAACCAACGAUCAGUCUCGUUAUUUAAUAGCCAGACCUCGUAAUUAUAGAGCUAGAGAUAAAGAUAAAAGACAAUCCUUAAGAAUAAAAAAUCCAUAAGCAUAAAAUUAGUGAAUAUUAUAAAAGAUAUAAACAAGUUUUAAAAGCACAAGAAGAAACUAUUUUGCCAAAAGCUGUGUUAAGUAAAAUAAGAGUAUUUAAAACUGUAUAUAGUAUUGUUCAAAAACCAGGACCAUUUACUGAUUUGCCAUUUGACAUUCAACUUCAAAAGUUAAAUGGAUUGUAUAUGAUUGGAUAUGGCUUGCAUUUUACACAGUGAUCAUGCUUGUGCUAAUAUUGCUAGCCAUAUAGCAAGAGCAAUGAAGCAGAAGUUACAAAUUUUCUUGUUAAAAAUAAUUUUAAGUAAUUUAGUAUUACUUGAUGAAGCUACCACAAUGUCAAAAAAGACUUGUUCAGUUGUUUGUAGUAGAGCUUCCACAGAUGACAAAAAUAAAAAAAAAAACCCAAUAAAAAUUUUUUUUGGAUUUAUUAGAAUUGGAAAAUACAAAAUCUGAGACCAUGGUUUUGCAACUUUUGUGAUAUCUACUCAAACACAAAUUUUCUCAUGAAUACUUAAUGCAAAAUUGUAUUUGCUUUGCUUGAAAAUAUGAAGCACUUUGUUUAUACUUUGAUAAAUGCAGAGUGAACUAUUGACAUUUUGGGAAGAACUAAAACCCCAAAGCAUCUCUUUAUUUACGUUUAUGGUAGUACAAUGUUGAUAUAAUUGUUAUACAAAACAAUAAUGAAUAUAAAUUUAACAGAAGAUUUAUAAUAAGUUGUACUUAAUAAUUAAUGGUUUUAAGAUAGUAUUUUGAUAAAAAUCGUAAAUAUUAUUGAUUUUCAAAUCAAGUUUCACUUAGAAACGUUUUUCGUAAGCAAUAGUUUAUUGUAGCUUGCAGAUACAACUUAAUUAUAUGUAUCCUACCUUCCUAACUUUCCAUAUACAACAGCGGUUCUUAACCUUUUGUAGAACACGGACACCGAAAGAUUUUUAGAAAUUACACUACCAAUUUUUGUCGAAUACCUUUUUUUUUUACAAAACAUCUCAUGUUAUCAUAACCAAAAUGAAUAUAAUUAUUUUAUAUUACAAAUUACAGAAGUAGACAUAACAAAACAUACACAUUUAUAAUUAUUUCUAUUAAAUUUAAUUUUUCAUAAAAUUGUAAUAUAAAUUAUUUUAUUUCUAAUAUUCUUAAAAUUUAAUUUUUAUUUACUUAAUCAUUAAUUUUUAAUGCUAUGGUUGAUUUUGUAUUUGAGUCACAAGUUUUUUAACAUUGGGCUCAAUACUGGAAAGCUUUAAUCAUAGUUCAGAUUCUACAUUUUCUAUUAGGUUUUGAAACUUAUUUUUAAUACAAACAAGAGCGAAGAAGGCUUUUUCACAUAAAUUAGUGGCGGGGAAUGGAAUUAAAACUUUCAAAACUUUAUUCGAUAAUUGCCAAUAAUCUUUUUGAACAUGCAACCAAAAAUUGUCUUAUGACUGUUGAUUGAGUUGAAUUUUUAAAUUACUAUCUGUAGAAAUUUCUACAAGGUUGUCUUCUUCCUAUGAAGUCAGUCCAUUUAUUUAAUGAAUAUCAAUUUCAAAAGAUAGUCGAAUCCAAUUUCUACUUAUAUCUGGAACAGAAAAAUAAUCACUGAAGCUACGUUGCAUAUCACCCGUAUAUUGUAUGGAAUAUUUAGAAUCUUUAUUAGACAAUUUUUCUUCAGUUGAUUCAAUAAAAUUGUUAAGAUUUGGAAAUGGAUCGUAAUUCUUCUUUGUCAGGAGGCGACUCUAGUGUUCCAACUUUUUCAUCAUCGCUUCAAUCUUAUCUUCAACUUUUAAAAUUAUAAAAUGUAUUUUUGAAGACAUAAGUGCAUUUUAAUGAGUAAUUAUAUCUGAUAAGUACGCUAAUGCAGCCAACCAAGAAUAAUCAUGUACGCGUUCAUUAAACGAAAACGAAGUUGAUUAUGUUCACUAUCCAUAUCUUUGCAAAGUUGUUCAAAAAUUCUUGAAUUAAAUGAUUUUUGCUUUCAUAAAGUUUAAAUUUUCUAUAGCUUCGUCCAAAACUGUUAUCAAUUGCUUUGGUAUUUGUUUGGAAACAAUGGUUUCACGAUCAAUGCAACAAUGAUGAUAUGUGACUGAUGAUGUGACUUUUCGAAUCUGUGCAAUUAAAGGAUGUUGAAGAUUCUACAACACCCAUCAGCAGUUUUUUUUUCGUAUUGCAAUUUAGUAAAAAAUAAUUGUUGGAAGAUGAAAUUUCACGGAAUAUUUGUUUUAUUCCUUUUCAAAUUAUGGACGAAUCUUCAAAUCAUUCUGACCGUUUUUGAGCUAUUGAUAGCUAUUUAAAAUGUUCUAAUUAUUUUUAGUCUUUAUUUGGUUACACGUGGAUCAAAUUGUUUUGGUUUCAAUAAUAAAUUGCGAUUAUUGGUAAAAAAAAUGUUGAGAGUAAUAUAGAGUUUAAAGUUUUAAUUUUAAUGAAACUUAAUUUGGUUAAAAAAUUAUUAUAUGUUUCGUGCAAUGCCAUUACCAUGUCUGAAUAAUUAGUUGCUUAAGUUAUAAUUAAUAAUUAGUAUAAUAAUUAUAUAGAUAGGAUUAUUAUUAGUAAGAUAAGUAUUAGCUAAAAAGUAGUUACUCUACCCUCUAAGUCGAGCACUGAGUUCUUGUGAUGAGAUAUAAAUCCGAAUUAUCCUAAAAACUCAGAUAAAACUAACUAAAGAUAAACUAAACAGAUUUUAAACAUAAAAUUACAAUAAUUCUAAAAAUUGGAUUUAAAAAUUCAAAGAAUUUUUAUUACUAUUUUUAAAUAAAGUUGAAAAUAAUUGAUUUGUUUGUUUGAAUUUAUUGGUUUAAAUUUAAACCAAAAAAUAACACUAAUAACAAUAUUUUUAAUUUAUAUAUACAUAUUUAUAUAAAUUUUCUUUUAAACCAGCUUCGAUAUUGUGUAAUUCGAUUUGUUUUCUAAAACUUUGUUAUUACAUAGGCAAAAUUUUAAUAGUCCGUGUUCCCACUAUUCGGAAAAGUGCUGUUACCUACCGGAGAAGUCUGCAGAAAUUACAAACCAACAGGUCUAUAAAGAAAAUGUUCGUGAAAAAUGUGGUAAAUGGAACAAAUAUGGUGUCGGGUAUAAAAUAACCGGUGGCAAAGACAAUGAGGCCGAAUUCAGCGAAUUCCCAUGGAUGGCGGUUAUUUUCAAUACUGAUCCAUACAUGCAAGACAAAAAAGAGUACUUAUGCAGUGGUUCGUUGAUUCAUCCAAAAGUUGUUUUAACAGUAGCCCAUUACUUCAGCCCAAGGUGAAAUUUAUUAAUAUGUAAAAAUUUACCAAUAUCCCAAUGGUAUUUUAUUUUUAUGGACAAAUGAUAAACUAACCUUCCUAAAUAUUAUUACAUAUUAUUCGUCUAUAAUCCACGAUUGCUUUUAAAUUAUACAAUUCAAAUUUAAACAGGUAUGUUUACUUAAUAAAUGGUGUAUCUUUUUAUUAAAUAUUAUGUUAUUAAAUUUAAAAAGACUGACUUACUUCGCACAUAAAUGGGCCACUGUUGUAGGCAAAAAGUUUUGGAAAGCAGAGGGAAAAUUUAAUGUAUAUCUGUACGCAAUGAUAAACCAUUGAUCUAAAACAACCUCCUUAAAAAAAAAUGUGUUACACUUGAUACUUCGGUUCAAGAUUUUUAAUAGAAUUUUUGUACACAGUAAAAAAUAAAAUUAAAAUAAACAUCUCUGCAAAACUAAUACAUUCUACGCUACAUUCAGAAUCUAAAAAAAUCCUUAGAUUAUAUUAGAAUCCUAUAUGACAUUUUCACUAUAAUAUACUGUCCAAAAUAUUUUAAUAAUAUACACGAUAAUAAACAUAUUUGGUUUUAGGUUUACAAAAAAAAAUAUAUCCGAGGAAAAUCUAAUAAUUCGUGCGGGUGAAUGGGAUUUAAAAACAGAACCAGAACUGAUUCCUCACCAAGACCGCAGAGUUUCAAAAAUAAUUAUACACGAAGAUUUUGUAUAUUUAAACGUACACAACGACGUAGCAUUGAUUUUAUUAACUGAACCGUUUACACAAAGAAGUAAUGUUGGCACUAUCUGCUUGCCACCACAAGGAUUUCAAUUUUACGAUCAUAGAUGCCAAGUCAGUGGUUGGGGAGGGAAUUCUGUUUUCGGUAAGUUUUCAGAGACUAUUGUCUAUUGAUAUAAUUUAUAAAAUAAAAUAAUUGUAUAAUUAAACUUUAAAAUUAUUACAUUAUGUUUAAUAUGUACCUUAAUAUGUAACAUUGAUAUGAUUCAAUGUUUUUCAAUAUAUUGUUAUAUAAUAACAUACAUUUAAUGGCAACAUUCAGGAUGUUUUGUUUAGAAUUAACACUUGUGCAUUUAUAAUUGCAUAUACCCCGUCGAAAAAUAUUCGGUGAUAGUUUUUUUUUUUUUUUAUUUACCAUAGACACACCUAAUCUUUAUCAAGCUAUUUUGAAAAAAAUCGAUGUGCCAAUCAUACCCCACAAAAUAUGCGAAGAAAAGUUGAGACAUACACGGUUGGGCGUGCAUUUUCAAUUGCAUAACAGUUUCAUUUGUGCCGGUGGUGAAAUUGGCAAAGAUGCUUGCAAAGUAAUUUUUUUUUAAUUUAUAUUUAUGGUCAUUAAGUAUAAAGCACUGAUUUUUUUUGUCUGUAUGUUUAAAAUACUGAAUCUAUCGGGAUAUACUCCAUUAAAAUAAAUUGAAUAUUUAUUCACAAUAUAUAAAAAAAACUGAAUAAAGACGAGUUUUAAAAGCUACUAUUUUUAACAAUUGUUAUAACGGUCUUAAAAAAAAAGUAUUAUUAAAGCGCGUGUUUCUGCAUUUGUUUUAGGGCGAUGGUGGAGGUCCUCUGAUGUGUUUAAUUCCCGGAAGACCAGAACAGUUUUAUCAAGCUGGCAUCGUCUCCUGGGGAAUUGGUUGCAAUAACGAAAAUCCUGGAGUGUAUGCCUCUGUCGCUAUAUUCAGAGGUUGGAUCGACCGGCAGAUAACUAAUUUGGGUUUGGACAAGACCUAUUACGAUGAGAAUUAUGACCAGUCACACACGACGGAAUUUUAA